AUGCUAACGUUCCCGGUCCUGUUCGAGCGGCCCUUCGACGCGGUCUUCUACGGCGCGGUGGUGAGGACGUGCGCGCUGCAGGCCGACUUCGCCGCCCUCCCCGCCGGCGCCCACAUCUUCGCCGAGGCCAUCUGCGGCCUGCUGCGCGACGCGUGCCGCGUGCUGGCCACCCACCAGCUGCACAUCCUUUCGCGCUGUGUCCGCGUUGUGUGGAUGGUCGACGGCAGGAUUUCCGCGGUGGGUGCGUUCCAGCAGCUUAUGCAGGUGGACAUCAAGGCCGUCGACAGCGUCUCGUGGUCUGUCUACGUCGCCUAG